AUUCAACAACGUUCUCUCCAUGUACGCGCGGUGCGGAUCUCUCAAGGAUGCUCGGGAUCUGUUCGAUCAUAUGCCGCAGAGAAACGUAGUCACUUAUAAUGCCCUGAUUUCGUCAUAUUCUUCCAUUCCUCGUCUGGGUAUCUUGGUUUUCCAAUUACUAGCACGAUUGCAAGACGAAGGACUCGUCCCGAAUGCUUCCACCUUUACUAGCCUCUUACAAGCUUCAUCUACCUUAAAGAACUGGACUUUGGGCUCUGUGAUCCAUUCCCUGUGUCUGAAAAAUUUAGACUUCUCGAGUAAUGUUCGGAUUCAGACUUCUCUACUGGGUAUGUACUCGAACUGUGGCGAUUUGGACUGUGCAAUCAAAGUCUUUCGCUGUAUGGAUCACAAAGAUUCAUUUGCUUGGGAUUCUUUGAUACUUGGGCACAUAGAAAAUGGUGAGCUCAGACAAAGUUUUCAUCUUUUCAAAUCCAUGCUUAAGACUGAUGUUAGUCCCACACGAUUUACCUACUCUAUGUUAUUGAGUGCAUGUAGCAGGUUGAGAGAUUAUCACACCGGGAAACUUCUUCAUGCCCAAUUGAUCAUAGCAGCUGUCAAUGCUGACUUGCCUUUACACAAUGCUCUUCUUGAUAUGUAUUGUAAUUGUGGUGACACAGUAAUGGCAUUUAAUAUCUUCAAAAGGAUUGAAACCCCGGAUUCAAUAUCAUGCAACUCAAUGAUAUCGGGAUAUGCAGAGAACGGAGAUGGAGAGAAUGCAAUGAGAAUGUUUGUCGAGUUCGCACGAAGGUCUCUCGGCAAACCGGAUGAGUAUACUUUUGCAGCUGUCAUUUCUGCCACUAGUGCAUUUCCUUCGGGUUAUUAUGGGAAGCCACUUCAUGCCCAAGUUGCAAAGGCAGGACUCGCGAGUAACACGUAUGUUGGGAGCACAUUGUUAGCAAUGUACUUUUGCAACGAAGAUCCCGAAUCAGCCCAAAAGAUAUUUUAUUCAGCUUCUGAGAAAGAUUUGGUUAUGUGGACUGACAUGAUAGCUGGCCAUUGUAGAAUUGGUGACACCGAUGGUUCUCUCAGAUUCUUCCAUGGAAUGUUCCGAAACGGUCUGGAUUUUGAUAGUUUCGCUCUUAGCGCGGUUCUCAAUGCUUGUGCUGAAGGAGCAACUCUGAGACAGGGAGAGGUGGUUCAUUGCCUGGUUGUGAAGAAAGGGUAUGGUUCUGAAAUGAGUGUGUGUGGGAAUCUGGUGGACAUGUAUGCCAAAAACGUAGACCUUAGAUCUUCAAAACUUGUGUUUUCUCUUGCAACCGAACCGGAUUUAAAAUGUUGGAAUGCAAUGCUUGGAGGGUAUGGAUACCACGGGCAGCCUGAAGACGCAUUCACAACUUUCAAUGAGAUGAUAAACAACGGCCUGGAGCCAGAUGAGGUCACAUUUUUGUCUCUGCUCUCCACUUGUAGCCAUUGCGGUUUGGUCAGCAAAGCAAAGCUUUUCUGGAACUGCAUGAAGGAAAGAGGGAUAAACCCUGGGCUCAAACACUAUUCUUCCAUGAUUGCACUAUUAAGCCGGGCAGGGUUACUAGAGGAAGUUGAGGAGAUCAUCAUUACUCAAGAAUCUUCAUUUGGCGAUCAUCAUCAUCACCAUCUUCUUCUUCUUCAGGUAUGGAGAGUUUUGCUUCGCUCUUGCCUUUGCUAUGGAGAUUUUAAGGUAGGUGCCCGGGCAGCUAUGCAGGUCUUGAGACUGGACACAGGGGACGACAGUGCAACAAGCAUAUUGCUUUCGAAUUUCUACGCUGCAGCUGGAAGAUGGGACAGUGUCAAAGAAACAAGGAGAAAGAUGAAAGAUAUGGAGAUUGAGAAAGACCCCGGGUUUAGCUGGUUAGAGGGCAUGGGGAACAAGACGAAUGUGUUCUCUUCUUCAGAUGUGUCACACCCACAGAAGGGUAUUCUAGAAGCUGUGCUGCAGGCUUUGCUGGUAAUAAUGACAGAUGCAGGAGCUGGUGAGUUUGACUUGACAUGUUCAUAAGAAGAACUUAGAAGAGCUGGGAAUGUUUAAAACCUCUAUCGGCAUUGCUGAAUGCAAAAACGGAACCAGUUCAGAACACACCCGAUCGACCACCAUUUUCGCAUCUAUGCCCCAAGAACUGAUGUGGCUGCAAAAUUGGUAAACCAGCAGACAGACAACAAACGCAUUGCGAAAAUGGAUCUUUCCUCAUACUUUUGAGUUUUGAGUCUUGAAUUAGUCUAAGUGUGGAGUGUGGGUCAGAAGAAGAGCAGCAUCUCAUUAUAUACAGAGUAGGGAGUAUUAUUUAGUGAGAAUAAAAGAACUGAUAUUUU